UAUUUUCUGCACGCCUGUAGCAGAGUGCUUCUUUCCUUCCCGAGACGUUUUAGUUCAGUCUUUCCGUCCUUAAAUCUGCAUUGCACGCAUUUUGCACCUUCAUUUUCUCCAUUUUUCUUCGUUCCGAUGAGUUUCGAGUCCAUACCGGGCAAAGGGGUAGCGGAUCAGAGACCUUUGCUUUCCACCGGUAUCACUGCAAGCUCGUCGGCUUCGGAGGUGGUUGAUUUUUUGAGGACUUCUUUUCAGCGAAUGGACUUUAGCCUGGGCCAGAAGAUAUUGACCGACCGAGAAAAUGCGCUCAAGGCGGAGAUAGAAAGCCUGAGAAAAGCGAACGAGGUGCGGGAAUUUCAGAAUUGCAAAAUGGGGGUCGAAUUGCAGAGAGCGAAAAACGAGAAUAUAGAUUUGGCUGAAAACAAUGCCCGCCUUAAACGAGAAAUGGAAGAGUUGAAGGCUGAGAAAAUGGAAGUUGAGGAGAGACUGAAGGCUUCAGAGGAAAGAUAUGUGUUGUUGGACAAGAGGGUGUCUCGCAUGGAGGAAAAUUUAGGGGCUUAUGUUGGUGAAAGAGUUCCAGACGUGAGCAACAUUGCCGAUAAACUAGAUGAUGUGCUUGAACCUGAGAAUGAUGGGCUUUCUUUUGGUACUCAAAAUGCCACCAUAGUUGGUGGUAGUAGUAGUCCCGAGAAGGAAGUGUCAUAUGUAGUUCUCAGUGAUGAUGAGGAAGAGAAUCAAGAGAUGCCUCUGGAUAAUGAUGAUUUUUUGGGGAAAAGUGAAAUGGGACUUGGCCCUAAGAAGAAUGAAGUAAAGAGAGAAAGCUUACGGAGAAAAAGAAUCAUUGGCAUCGAUGAUGAUGAUGAUGAUGGGGGUAGGUCUUCAUUUUGUGUACAGAAGCGCAAACUCGUGCAUGAAACAGAAGUAAUACCGGUAUUUGACAGCCCGAAGAAUCAUGGUGAUGCUGGAAUGUCAGCUUAUGAGUCCAUGGCCAGAGUUAAGUGUGAACCAAUAGUAAGUCCAAUGGCAGGCAAGUCUACAGCUUCUUCAGACCUCAACUUGAAACCCCAAAAAGUUGGGAGCGGGCCUUGGCUGGAUCAAAAUGAAAUGAUUUUGGCAUUUGUAAAUGAUCGUGAACUUUGUAUGAGUGCUGUUUGUGCACUUUAUAGAAAGCUAAUUUCUGCACCACUGUCACUGAAGCCCAUGGAUAGAGGAUUUGACUCAAGUGACCAACUCGGCGUUGAAUUGGCAAAGUAUCUCAUUGACGGCCACCCAGAGAAUAAACUGAAUAGGGCUAUGUCAGAAACAUCUAAAGUUGCUGCUGAGGAGUCUACAAGGUUAGCUCUCAAGUACAGUGGACAACUUUUUCGCAUAUACUCUAGCGGUGAGGAUCCAUUGUUCUGUCACAAUUCUACAAGCUCCAGGCGUUAGCGUGCUUCCGAAGAUGCAGACUAUGCAUGUGCACCUCGGUCUUCAUGUUAAAUUGCGUUUUUGUGAUGAACUUUCUUUCAUCUGCCCCGGGGACAAUGUGGAGAAGACCUUUUGCUAGUUUUUUAUGCUCGGAGGGUUGCAAUUGUUUUUGGGUACUGAUCAAGUACUUGCCAUCAUAGAUUCUGGUUCAUUUUAUUUUUGUGGUCUUUAGUACAAAUUGCUCAGCAUGAUUCUUAAAAUGUACAAUCUUUGAUCCAUAUAUCGGUAAAUCUAGAUCCAGAUAGUUUUGUUGAAAAUGCUGUUUUUGUACUUGAAAAGCUGUACAAACACUAAGAUAGUCAGCCUUUGGCGCUUGUAUAUUGUUAAUCUAGUCCUUUCGGCCAAUAUCAUGAUUGCAGCAUCAUUUGCUCUUACU